GCGAAACAUUUGAUUAGAUCCAAGCGAGAACGGAAGAAGAACAAAGUGACGCGACUUUUACUGUCUAAAUUGUACAGUAUUUAUUGAAAUAUUUAUUCGAAGUUCGUAGGACAUAAUCAUUAUAUUUAAAAGUUCAUACAAUCCAGCAUGUUUUCUGUUAUACCCUUGGCACGCUCAGUAUAUGACUCUCUGAACAAAACACUCCGAGGAAAAGAUGAGGUAUUGGAGACACUAAAGGCAUUUGAUUUAUCCAAUGAAGACAUAGAAGAAAUCAUGAAUCUUCUUAGAACAGACUUUGAUAAAGGUCUCUCUGCCGAUGAACAUGAGAGGGCGGAGAGUCCAAUCAAAAUGCUCCCAACGUAUGUGAGGGCCAUUCCUGAUGGUACGGAAAGCGGAGAUUUCUUAGCACUUGAUCUGGGUGGUACAAACUUCAGGGUCUUAUUAAUUUCCAUUCAGCCUGGUGGGGAGGUUAAAAUGGAAAGUGACAUUUACCCUCUAGAUCAAGCCCUGAUGACAAGCGACGCUCAAACUCUGUUUGACUACAUUGCUGGCUGUAUUGCGCUCUUUGUGAAGAAAAACCAGCUGAAAGACAAGUCAUUGCCGCUGGGCUUCACAUUCUCGUUCCCUGUGAAGCAGUUAUCACUCACAUCUGGCCUGCUAAUUAGAUGGACAAAGGGUUUCUCUGCUACUGGUGUAGAAAAUGAGGAUGUCAUCAAACUUCUUCAGGAGGCACUUGUUAGAAAUGGAGUGAGUUCUACUGUAGAUGUUGUUGCCCUUGUAAAUGACACCACUGGUACUAUGAUGUCAUGUGCACUUUCCAACCCUAACGUCAGUGCUGGCCUUAUCUUGGGAACUGGAACAAAUGCAUGCUACAUGGAGAGCCUUGACAAUGUUCCCAAAUGGGAUGGUGAUCAGAAUGAACCACGUCAAGUGAUUAUCAACACUGAGUGGGGAGCAUUUGGUGAUAACGGCUCUUGGAAUCACCUCAGGACAAAGUAUGAUGAGCAAGUGGACAGAGAAUCAAUCAACCCUGGAAUGCAAUUAUUUGAGAAGAUGAUUUCUGGGAUGUAUCUGGGGGAACUUGCAAGACUUGUUUGCAUGGACCUUGUAGCGAAGAAACUCUUGUUCAAAGGACAAGUGUCUGAAAAAUUUAAGACCAAAAACAGCUUCUUUACCAAGUUUGUCUCUGAUAUUGAAAGUCAUGAAAGGUACAAGAUUGAUGAGGUCCUGAAUGAAAUGAAACUGAAUGCUUCAGAGUCAGAUAUUGAGAUUCUGCAACAAGUUUGUGCUGCAGUAUCCAAACGUGCUGCCAGAUUGGCUGCUGGAGGGCUUGCAACAAUCGUCAAGAAAACAAAUCGCCACACCACAACCAUCGCCGUAGAUGGUAGCCUCUUCAAGAAGCACCCACGGUUCAAACAUUACAUGGAGGAGACCCUCCAUGAGAUUUUGCCGCAGGCCAACAUCACUCUUAUGUUAUCUGAAGAUGGCUCAGGCAAAGGAGCAGCCCUAAUUGCAGCAGUUGCAUCAAAAACAAACAAAGCAUGAACUAUUUGUUCAUAAUCAAUGCUUCCAAUAAGAUCUGGCACCCAUUAGAGGUCCAAUGGAUUUUCUUUUGUGAAUCUCUGGGUCUAAUGUUAGUGGUUUUCAAAAAUUUGUCCUGGCGAGGAAGUUGUUUAGGCCCUCCCUUAUUACUUUGUGACAGCCUCUGCACAAAGCAACCUUAUACUUCAAAUCUUAUCGAAAGCACUGAUUAGUAUUAAUUUAACACCAAGUAAUUGUGAUUAGAAUUAAAGGCACUCUAGUGUGGGCUUUGUGAUGCAAUGGUCUUGCAGGGUGGAAAAAAGUGGCAAGUUUUCGUCACUUAUUGGUUACAUGUACUUCUGUUAUAAGAAGGGAAAGGUACCAGUCAUUAUAGACUGUUUAGGUCACAAGAAUUUACGGAUGGAGAUACUGUGAUCUUUGGAUAUACUUUAAGCUUUAGUUAGUAGAUCGAUUGAUUCGUAGUUCACAGACUUGUAUAACAAACUUGUGUCGAAUCUUUAACAUUGAAACAAUGCCUCAUGCAUCUCACUACAUUUCUACUUUAAAGCAGCACAAAAUAUUAGGUAGCAAUGAAUGUUUCAAUCAUGCUAUGAUGAAAAUGACAUAUUGUUGUAAAUAAUGAGAUCCAUAUAAUGUCUACCUUGAUCCAAACUGCAUGCAGAAUUGUGGCUUUUUAGGCUAUUGUUAGUAUGAUGAGAGAAUAAAGAUGGCGAAUUUCCGCCUUUCACAUUGUUCAGUAUCUUUGAAAGGUUCUAGAUAUUUUCAAAUGUGUAAGAUGGUCACUUUUCUUUUCCUACCAGCUGGUAAUCCCAAAUUAUAGUUGUAAACGAUGACAAGAAGAUAAAACGACAUUCCUUCACCAUACUUAGUCCUUUUCCUACUUGAGAGUUAUGAUGCUUGUAUGCAUGUGAAUGAAAAUCAAAUGUGGUGAUAAAAAUGAAUUAAACUCA